CCUUCCCCCACUACCUCCCUCAUGAACGAUUGGUAUUGAUAGCGCGGUGAAUCAUUCUGAGGAUGCGCCAAGGCAUUCCCGGAUCAGCUUUGCUAUUGCUCGAUGGGACCUUCCAGUUUGGAGACGAUCCUCGCAACCACUACGGCUCAGUAAUACUCACAGGAUGAUAGAAGACGCGGUACUGUCCACCGUAACUCCGGCUUCGGGUCAGAGAUAUCUCUGUCGACAAAGUUCGGUACUUUAUGUGGCUGCCCCAUGUCUGCGUCUGUGCCUUCUAUUGGGGAGAGAAGCCGCUCGCAUUGUCAAAGAAGCGGCAUCGCUUUGUGGGUUCUCGGGUUUACUCUGGUCGAAUUCGAAGCUGCGGUGUCGAUCCCCAUGCUUCUUCCCGUUGGGGUUAUAUUAAUCUGUCCAGCGUUGUAUAGUUCCUUCGCACUUGACUUCAUUCUGGGCAUAGGCAACUUUGGUGACACGGUGCGAUGCAUAGGUGCUGAUCAUGGAUUUGGAUCGUGUAUCCCCGAUGAACGGGUUCGGGUUCAUUACCGCAACGUAUUGGUAAUUAGGAGGUGUUUCGAAAGAAAAUGUGUCACGGGGUGGUUGGUUUCGAUUGCCGCGCAAAGGCAUAGAGAGAUGCUCCGAAAUGGGAAUUUGCCUGGACACCCGACUGCCGAUGACAGUGAUGCUUAG